AAUGUGCAGAGCAGCACGCAGCCAGGGCCGUCUUUCCCAUACGGCUUAGUGGUUCAUUGCACCAGGGCGCAGGCCUCUCAGGGACGCCCCAGCGAGUGGGGGAGCUGCGCGGCUUUGCUGGCGGACUCCCCAUUCUCUGCACGCCCGCCAGCUGGGCCCGUCAAACAUAUGGCUGGCGGGUGUGCAGCUUCCCUCCCAAGCCUCCUCGGGAAGAGAGUGAUCCUAAGCCUCUGCAGAAACGGCCGGGGGAGGGAGCGAGGGAACCCGCCAGGGCCAGGCACAUUCCAUCAGCAGCUCUCCGGAUGGCCAACGGCAGGACGGGCUUCUGGGGGCCCCGGAGGCCUUGCCUCCUCCUCUCCGUCUUCCUCGCUUGCUUCCUUUGGCACGGUGGCGUUGUGGCUGAGAAAAAGAAGCUUCAAUGCGCUUGUAUUGCCGUAUCCUCAAAGGACAUCAAGCAAAGGUGCUUCACAGACUAUCAUUCCGAAGUGGGUUGUCACUGGGAAGUGGACGCCUCUACCGACUGCCCCAAGGAGUUCCUCCUGCGUGUUAAAACGACUGAUCGAUUCAGUGGCCGAACGAAAUCAUUGGAGUGUUCUCCUAAGAACGUGAGAGGCCAGAAUGCGACCCCCAAGUGUGCUUGCGCCCUUCAGACUAAAGAAGUGUAUAGCUUCAUGUAUCUUUUCUCAGUGGAGGCCAAAGGGAAAGGGAUCUGGAAGAAGAGUGUGGACCCUGAUGACAUUGGAACGCAAACGCAUGACAACGGACAUGCAACUUAAAAUGGAACCCGGCAUGCCAACAGCAACCUAUACUGCUAAAGUGCGUCAGAAAAAUUAUUACCUCGGGAACAACUGGAGUGAUUGGAGCGUCCAGAUAAGUUG